AUGGCUCAAUCUGUCCGGGUCAAUAGCCGCGGGGAGAGCCUGAAAGCGAUUGAUAAACGACUUACGACUCUCCUAAAUUCGGGGUACGAGUCGUUUCAGCGCUCUCUCAUAAUUAUCGUGGGGGAUGGGGGGCUUUAUCAAGUCCCUAAUUUAUUUAGCAUCCUGAAGAUGACAAGGACCUCGCAGCUUUCUAUCAUGUGGUGUUAUGAUGAGAUGCCGAAGCUUUCAUCGAACAAGCGGAAACGCAACAAGGAGUUCCGACAACUUAAAAACCGUGGAGAGCUGCAAGAAGAAGAACUGUCCGUAGAGGCCCAGUUCUAUGCUAAUACAAAUAUACGCUACUUGCACUAUCGAGACACAGAGCUGGCCUUGGGAACUACAGUCGACAUGCUUAUUCUCCAAGAUUUUAAGGCCCUCACACCAAAUAUCAUUGGCCAGACCGUUGAGUGUGUGCGCGGCGGCGGGCUUAUCCUGUUCUUACUCAAUAAUAUGCAUGACCUUUCUCAGCUCCACGCAGUAGUGAUGAAUUUCCACUCACGCUUUUCAAACAUCAAUAAUCGUGAGGUGUCAAAUGACUUGCAUAUUAAGGCACGCUUUAACUCUAGAUUUAUUGCAUUGCUGGAGUAUCUCCCACGAUUUCUGCUUGUUAAUGACACGCUUGAGGUGAUACAGAUCACCGAGGGUAUUCAGAAUCUGAUGACAAAUUUGAGUGCACAAGAUGGCAGCGUUGAAAAGCGUGUUGCUGCUUUCACGGCCUAUAAAAACGAACAUAAGUCGUCUUCACUACUCGCAAAAACGUUCAUAUCUCUCUGUGCUACGCUAGAGCAGGCUAAACUUGUUAUCCAGGUCCUUGAAAUGUUGGAUAAUGUGGAUAGGAUACGCAAACUAGCUGACAAGAAUGCCAUGCUCGAAAAGGAGCCUGUUGAACGUGAUGGCAAAGGGCCACGGGAGCCAUCCCGCAAGCGAUACUUUGUGCGCGAGAAAGAGACGUAUACUCGAGAGGAUAUCGCAGAAAGUAGUGUUGACCAGGAUGUUGACGCAUCACUAGAAGAGCAGAACGCGGGCCACGAGCUGCUUCAGACCCUCACUCAAAAUGCCAAUGCGUUGGCGACUGCGACGCGUUUCCCCAUCUGCUCACUUAUUGCGGCCAGAGGACGUGGGAAGUCAGCAUCGUUAGGCUUGAUUGUGGCUUUGAUGAUUUUCCAGGGGUACAACCAUGUUCUCAUCUCUGCUCCAAAUCCCAUCAAUGUCCAGACCGUGUUCGAAUUCUGUAUUAUCGGCCUCAAAGCUCUUGAUUAUCAAGAAGCACGGGAUUACACUGUAAGACGUGCGGGCCCAAAGGCAACCGACCCUAUCAUUGAACUUCGAAUCACACGCAAGGUAAAGCAAGUUAUUGCGUAUAUAAUGCCGUCCACAUUGGCUACUUACUGCCAAGCCAACGAAAGAGCAUCAAGCUCUAUAUUGAAUUUCAUUGACGCCAUUCUAUUGGACGAGUGUGCAGCGAUACCUUUAAAGUUAGUGAGACAGAUUGUGGACAACGUUGAGGCAAAUAUGCUCUGCUUUAUCUCCAGUACUUGCUAUGGAUAUGAAGCAUCGGGACGUGCACUGUCUCUGAAACUCCUUCACGACCUUGAAAGAAGCGGCUCUAAGCGAGGACAGGGGCUUGUGAAAUUGUCGCUGAACGAACCCAUACGUUAUGCCCCCAAUGAUAGCAUCGAAAAGUGGGUUAACCAGCUUCUUUGUCUGGACCAGGUGAAUGGGCUGGUAACGUCUCUUGAAGAAGGCCCCGAAAUCGCUGCGUCAUUUCCACAGCCUCAGUCGUGCACCUUAUACCGCGUCAACAAGGAUGCCCUAUUCUCUGGGCUUCCGCAAUCCGAAUUAUUUUUGCAGACCAUCUGGAGCAUAUUUUCUGCUUCGCACUAUAAGAAUUCUCCCAACGACCUCAUAUUGCUCUCCGACAACCCUCUGCACGAGAUUUUUGUCCUGUGCCCUCCAAUCACAGACUCUAAGCGAAUACCAACUGUAUUGUGUGCAUGUCAAAUCUGCUACGAAGGAAAACUGAAGCAGAACAUCGUCAAGGAGGCGCUGAGCCAGCAGAAGCGCCUAGAUGGUGACAUGAUUGCAUGGCUCCUCUCCCAACAAUUCCAAGAUGUUAGUUUCUCAUCUCUCAGUGGCGCCCGAGUUGUACGCAUAGCGACGAAUGCUUCGUACAUGCGUGGAGGAUAUGGGUCUCACACUCUAGAACUGCUCUCCUCCUUUUUCAAGGGAGAGCUUCUAAAUCCCACCGAAAUUAAAAGGUUGGAAGCGAAAAAGAAGGAAAGGAUAGAGAAGCUUGCUAAGCAGAAGGGAAUUAGUAUCAAUGAUGCAAAACAGGAGAUUGAAGCCCUUACUCCAGCCCUUCUCCAGAACUGUGGCACAGUGUAUCCGUCCGAUCUCACGUGGCUCGGCGUAGGAUUUGGGAUUACCCUCGACUUGCUAAACUUCUGGAGGAAAAAUCAGUAUCUUCCAGUGUACAUCCGGCAGACGCGCAAUGAGACAACCGGGGAACACACCUGCCUUAUGGUCCGUAGCUUAAAGGAAAAUCCAUUCAUCAACAACUUUGCAACUAGUUUCCGUAGCAGAUUUCUACGCCUCUUGCGCUAUGAUUUUGCAGAACUCCCUAUUGAAAUUGCCUUUAAGGUCAGCUGGCCUACUAAUACCGUGGCGUUGGCCCACGAUGCAGAUCAAGUAGCAAUACGAGCUGCCCUAACAAAGCAAGACGUGGUUCGCCUUCGAGGCUUUGUUCGGCACCAGCUCGACUUCAUGGCUGUUCGGGAUUUGGUGCCAAUUCUUGCAGAGUUGAUUUUCACUGAGAAGCUGUCUCCAGUAUCUCUCUCACAUGCCAGUGCACGGAUUUUCCUUGGAAUAGGGCUAAUGAACAUGCGGCAAAUUGAUGUGGCGCAGCAAUUGGGCCUUGUUUCAGAUGUGGCAUUCAGUCAAGUGGAGUCUAUCUUUACUAAAACAGUAGAGGUCCUUCUUCGCAUUCUGGAGCCGCUCGUUGGCCUGGGAACAGAGCUGGGAGCUGGAGCUAGUAAAUAA